UCGACUGACAGGCGUGAAAUUCAAAAUUAAAACACAAUAAUUUAAAAAUGUGAAUUUAAAGCGACGAAAAUGAUCCAAAAAAAUCCGUAAUGAUCACGAAAACUCGAAAACCGAGACCAACCAGAAAGUAUAUGGGUCUUGGAUUGCUUGCAGUAUGUGCGAUGAUUCUUCUGAUAUUUUGAUGACCUACAAUCCUGAGUGCCUCGAGACUUAUUCAGACAGCAGUGAUUUUGAUGAUGAAACAUUGAAAAGUAACGGCACAAACCACAGCGUGUUACGUAGGAAGGUGUAUAGGCAUACUGCAAUGGCGAACUACGAGAAAGAAGUGAGUACCAAGAGAUACAAAAACAAAUACAACACAGAGCCUAGAACCAUCCACGCCCGACAAUGUACCUGCAAAGAAUGCGUUGAGCCAGUUGAAGAGAAACAGAACUAUCUAAAAAGGAAAAAAGUCAAGUAUUUCAAUGAGGGAGACAACAACAUAAACGUCCAUAACACCCACUCCAGAAUAUCUCUAGUUCGCAGUAAAAUCCUUCCAUGUUUGUCAAAUAUUUUCAGUCGGUCUCACGCUUCAAAUGUCAAGGAUAAACACGUUAUAAUGAAUUCCACUAAAGAUAACUGCUGCCAAGUGUACUGCGUUAACUGCAAUCAUAAACGACUAAAAAGGCCCAGCAAAAGAGUUCAUAACUUCGCAAUGCAGUCUGUUUACUCGACUGACAAUGAUUUGGAUAAUGCACCAGACUCAGGAAUUAAUGUUGACAGCCCAAACAAGAGCGCAACUGCGAAAGACUCCAACCUUAGCUGCAGCUUCACCUCGUCUUCUAUUAGUGAAAAUAUACAGACAGCUAAAAAGAAAUUCAAAAAGAUGAUUGAAAGAGAAAUCAGGAAAUCAUACCUCAAGAAACUCGUAAGGCAAACACAAGAGCAACAGUUACCUGCUAAGCCAAAUUAUCAGGUGUUCUCCACUCCUAGAACAAGUAAAUUGAGUAAACAAGACCUGAGAGAUAUGAGCAGUUUCGGCUGCAACGUGAUGCCAUCAAACUCAUCUGUUUUCUGGGAAUAUCUCGUUGACAGAAUCAACAAAAAAUAUCAGAACAACAACAGAAGUGGAUUACUUAAGUCAUGUCACUGCACAAACACGCAGCAAUGUCCAAAUGCCAUGGAUUCUCUACUACGUGAUGCAACCGGGCCUAAAUUAGAUUUUAAAAGUCCAGUAAGCACUGGAGAUCAAGGCACACAGGAUGUUAUCUGUUCGUGCAAAACAUCUCCAGCGAGCGGAAGCCCAAAUCCAAGCCAACCCAAAAUGAGCAAUACAGCACAAAAAGAUCAAACUACACCCAUUGUUAAAAUCCAAUGCAAAUGUCACACACCUAUACCACUGUCUCCUAUGCAAAAAGACUCCCCAACACCUCAGACUCCACUGCAAGGUCAAGGAAGUGACGAUAUGAAUAGACCAUGUCAAGAGCCACACGAUCAGAUCAAAGCAUCGCUAGAAAAGAAGUACAACGGCGAAAUACUCUGCAUUCACAAUCCUCCCUGUAUCCUCAUUAACGGUUGCCUCAAUCUUCCUCCAGUGAAAGGCCAGUUCUCUCCUUCAGCAUGGCCUGUGACUCAAAGAUCGAGUUUCCACUGUGGUUUUCAUAAGGAAGAAAUCAACAAGCAGCACCAGGAACAAGCGUGCCAGUACCAGCAUCCUGAUUUCACUUUACAGCAACGUCUAGAGACAGAGUACAAAACGGAGAAGAUGACGCAAAGUAUUUGCAACCACGAUCCUCCUUGCGAAGUGGUGCGAUGCUGUUACAAGCCAGAGUUUGACCCAAAAUUAGAGAACUCAUGUGUGCAUGUACCAAUGUGUCAGAGACUGCCGGAAUGCGUCAUAAAUGAGAGCGUGAAUUUGAUGAAAUGCGAUCAUCAGCCGCAGUGUACUGAACUGCCUGUUUGCAAGAGAAAGCCGAAGAAGUACAUUGUUCUGGCAGCGCGAGACACGAUUGGUACUCAAGUUAAGCCGAAUGUAAAGAUGGAGUGUAAGCAUGAUCCGCCUUGUAUAUUCAUACCUAAAUGCUUGGGGAAGUUGAUGUGUGAAGGCUAUGUUCCCUGUGAAGCUAUACCUGACUGUAUCCACCAGCCGACGUGUGAGUCGAUACCAGCCUGUUGCAGAAAGUCCGCCAAAAUGAACAGUUUCUUCAAACGGGGGUACCUGAAACGGAGGCAGAAGUCGUUCGAGUGAGCCCAUGACGUCAACUAUAUUUUGGACAUAUUUUUCAGUGAAUAAAGUCUCGU